GCCAAGGCCUGCGUGAUCCACGGGACUGACCUGAAGGACAUGAGCCAGGUGGAGCUGGACCAGAUCCUGGCCAAUCACACUGAGAUCGUCUUCGCUCGCACCUCCCCCCAGCAGAAGCUGAUCAUCGUGGAGGGCUGUCAGAGGCAGGGCGCCAUCGUGGCCGUCACGGGAGACGGGGUCAACGACUCCCCCGCCCUGAAGAAGGCCGACAUCGGCGUCGCCAUGGGGAUCUCGGGCUCCGACGUCUCCAAGCAAGCGGCCGACAUGAUCUUGUUAGACGACAAUUUCGCCUCAAUCGUGACGGGGGUGGAAGAAGGCCGCCUGAUAUUCGACAACCUGAAGAAGUCGAUCGCCUACACCCUGACCAGCAACAUCCCCGAAAUCACCCCGUUCCUCCUCUUCAUCGUGGCAAACAUCCCCCUGCCCCUGGGCACGGUCACCAUCCUCUGCAUUGACCUGGGCACCGACAUGGUGAGUGAUGGGGAGAGCGAGCUGGGCUGGGGGGGCUUCCACGCAGAGGGUG